CAUCGCAGUAAAAACAGGCAUUCAUUUCUUACUGUGCAUGCACCGUCGGAUGAUGCAUUGAGCUUUGGGUCUAAUGUCGUAAACAAGAUUUUCACGGACAGAUUUAUCAAGAGAGCCACUGUUUUUGGUCUAGCUAAUGUUUGCAAAACAACAAAAUGCAAACGCUCCGGGAGGAAAAGGGUCCUCCUCUUCCUCUGUCGUCUAUGCGUCUUUUUAUUCCUCCACUGCGCCUGGUGUGUGCAGCUCUGUGGCAGGUUGUAGAGCGGAGAGACAUCAUGGACUAUGGGCUGCUGGAGGAGUUUGCCACCAGCGUGUUGGACAUAGUCCCUGAACUGAUGACUUACAGAGAGAGGGUCCAACUCCUCAUGGGACUGAGAGCACGGCUGGUUCUGGAGUUGUGUCGCUGUGAUGAUGAGCUGUGUCGCCCUGAUACUGUCCAGCCACACCUGAACAGGAUAAGGAGCUGUGUCUCCAAUCAGAAGGGAGAGGUUUCAGAUCCAAAGGUGGAAGCAUCAGAGGCCAGCUUCAUGAAGCUGAUUGAAACCCUACUGGAGCAACCAGAGGAGAGGGAACUCUUCUUUCAGAAUGUUUUUCCAGAGGAGUAUGGCCCCAAAUAUGACUCAACACUGCAGAUUCUUGUGUGGGAGUUCCUGUCCAGGCUGGAGAAACUGAUUCCUGCUCCAAACCUUAAGCAGACUGCAUCUUGGCUCAGCCUUGCCCCUGCUCUCUUAGAGGAGUGUGUGCAGUCUGUGGCUCACCCUGAGCCAUUACAGGCACUCCUCCAUCACCAUAAAAAUGGACAUCACUUAGACACCAAUGCUCUAAGGUCCACUGGUGGUGACUACAUCCUCUCUUCACUGUCUUUCCCUUCCUCUGUGAAGGAAGAAAUUGCCUCUUGCCAAGCAGGCCCAGAGAGACAGUCCUAUCCCACCAUAAAGGGAUAUCAAACCCCUUUCCCAUCUGAUAAACCAGAGAUGAGCUGGGACUGCAGAAUGGCAGAUCGUAAGGUCUGGACUGUAAAGCCACCAGCCCGUUCUGCUUCUGUCGAGGUCAAGACUAUAGAGGACGCCACUGAGAUAACCGUUAAACGCAAGACAAUCAACAAAGAGUUGAUAAAAGAAACCAGGAGAGAAAAAGCUGUUCUCUGCCCUCAGACUCGCAGUGGGCUGAAAACCAGCCGCUUGACUGCUUCCUGUCUGCGCCGUCAUCCCGUACUGCGGUUGAACAGGCUUGACAUUCGCAAUAUGUCAUUACCCAAGUCCUUGCUAACACUGAUUCUAAGGAGAGGGAGGCUGCAGGCUGAGACAAGACGCCCAGGACCGAAAGGAAUUGACAGAAAAAAGAAACGGAGAAGAGGUCGUGGUAUUACAAAUGAGAAGAUUAAAUCACACACACUUGAUAUAAGCGAUAUGCCGCUACCCAAGUCCCCGCUAACACUGACCCUAAAGAGAGGGGUACUGCUGGAUGAUCCGACGAGUUCCCAAGUACAGAAAAAAAGAGGUAGAAAAAAAGGAGAGAAAAUAGGACCUGCUAUCACAAGAUUAAAGAUUGAGAAGAUUGGAGCACACACGCUUGACAUAAGCGAUGUGCCAUUACCCAAGCCCUCUCUAAAACUGGUCAUAAGGAGAGGGAAACUGCAGGCUGAAGCAACAGGUUCUCAAGUGAAAAAAACAAGGGGUAGAAAGAAAAAAUGGAGAAGACGAUGUGGUGUCAAAAAUGAGGGUGUGAAAAGAGAGCGGUCCCCUGAAACUGAGGAAGAAGCUGAACCAUCAGAUUAUGAACUUUGGACCAGCGUUAAUAAAGGGGUCACGCUCAAUGAAAGGGCCCUUGUCGAUGAUUCUGGUGGAGUCCAUGCUUCUCAUUUCCCAUCAUCUCAUAAGAGGGAGGAGGAACAGCCCAUACAGACCUUUCACACAGAGGAGCACAGUGGUCAUAUGGCCGAAGGGCAGAACAGAGUAGAAGUCUCAGAGAUUGUACCUCAGGACUCACUAACUCCUGAGCCAUCCAACACCGCUCACAGAAUUCAUUCAGAGGAGCACAGUGGUCAGAUGGCCGAAGGGCAGAACAGAGUAGAAGUCUCAGAGAUUGUACCUCAGGACUCACUAACUCCUGAGCCAUCCAACACCGCUCACAGAAUUCAUUCAGAGGAGCACAGUGGUCAGAUGGCCGAAGGGCAGAACAGAGUAGAAGUCUCAGAGAUUGUACCUCAGGACUCACUAACUCCUGAGCCAUCCAACACCGCUCACAGAAUUCAUUCAGAGGAGCACAGUGGUCAGAUGGCCGAAGGGCAGAACAGAGUAGAAGUCUCAGAGAUUGUACCUCAGGACUCACUAACUCCUGAGCCAUCCAACACCGCUCACAGAAUUCAUUCAGAGGAGCACAGUGGUCAGAUGGCCGAAGGGCAGAACAAAGUAGAAGUCUCAGAGAUUGUAACUCAGGACUCACUAACUCCUGAGCCAUCCAACACCGCUCACAGAAUUCAUUCAGAGGAGCACAGUGGUCAGAUGGCCAAAGGGCAGAACAGGGAAGAACUUCCAGAGAUGGUAUCUCAGGAUUUUCUAACUCCUGAGCCAUCCAACACCUCUCACAGAAUUCAUUCAGAGGAGCACAGUGGUCAGAUGGCCAAAGGGCAGAACAGAGACGAACUGCCAGAGAUGGUUCCUCAGGACUUAAGAACUCCUGAGCCAUCCAACACCUCUCACAAAGUUCACUCCGAGGAGCACAGUGGUCGUAUGUUCGAAGAGCAGAACAGAGACGAACUUCCAGAGAUGAUACCUCAGGACUUACUAACUCCUGAGUCAUCCAACACCGCUCACACAAUUCAUUCUGAGGAGCACAGUGGUCAGAUGGCUGAAGGGCAGAAGAGAGAACUCCCAGAGGUGGUACCUCAGGACUCACUAACUCCUGAGCCAUCCAACACCUCUCACAAAAUUCAUUCCGAUGAGCACAGUGGUCAGAUGGCCGAAGGGCAGAAGAGAGAAGAAGUCUCUGAGAUUGUACCUCAGGACUCAUUAAGUCCGGAACCAUUCAACACCUCUCACAAAAGCUUUCACUUACAGGAGCAUAGUGGUCAUAUGACCGAAGGGCAGAACGUAGAAAAACCUUUAGAGAGUGUACCUAAGGACUUACUAACUGAGAUUGUACUUCAGCACUCGUUAACUCCUGAGCCAUCCAACAGCUCGCACAAAAGAAGCCAGCGCGUCAAGGUAUGCUCUUUCUGUGGCAAGACUUUCACUGACACACUGGGCUUGACAAGACACAUGCGAUCUCACAUUGAGCAGAGGUCACACCAAUGCACCCAAUGUGGGCAAGACUAUGAUUCCAGUGAGGACUUAGAGGAGCACCAGAAGAGAAGCUGUGAGGAAAAGAUAAAAAAAGACAUUGGUGGGGAAACUGUCCAGAAAAAAACGCAUCUGAAAGCAGACAAAAAACCUGAUCUGAAAGCAGACAAAAAACCUGAUCUGAAAGGACACACAAAAGAUCGCUCCAUAAUGUGCCAUGUGUGCGGGAAAGUAACUACUCGUAUGUUGGGUUUGCGAAGACACCUUCUACUUCACUUCAACAAUGGCGCAUACAAAUGCCCUGUAUGUCCAACGACUUUUAUAACAAAUGCUGAUUUGAGAUCACACCUGAGAUUGAAAAGAUCUUGUAGGGAAAAAUGUUCUGAUGAAGUAAUUAAUACCAAGGUCCAUCUCCAAUCCAACCCUGGGGAUUACAAGUGUCCUUACUGUGGGGACACUUUCCAGCUACCACAUGAUCUGAAAGGACACACAAAAGACUGUUCCAGAAAGUGCCAUGUGUGUGGGAAAACAACUUUGAAGCCAUGUGGCAUGCGAAGGCACAUGUUAAAACACAACAACAAUGGCCCCUACAAGUGCCCGGUGUGUCCAAGGACUUUUAUAUCCCGUACUGAUUUGAAGAUGCACCUGAAAAAAAAUAAGCAAUGUAGAGAGACAUGUUCUGAUGUCAUGGUGAAGGAAUUGCUGUCAUCAGUAGAUGGUAGAUGUAGGAAAACUGAAACAGGAGUCAUGACAAGCUGCCAACAACCAAGCUCCAGCAAGACAGGUGGGCCUUCAAAGAAUAUUGAACAGUUCUUUGAACAGUUCUCUUAUGACUUUCAGCAAUCCAAUAACAGCGCAAGUAGUGAUGUGAAGCUGAAUAGCCUCAAUGAAAACUACAGUAAAUACCAACCCAUGAAGGAUGUUGACUUGAAUAGCCUCCAUGAAGCCUCCAUGGUGACCACUGAAGACUACAGUGAUGAGAUCAGUCAAUACCAACCCAUGAAGGACAAAAAGUCUGUGGAUGAUUCAUUGGAAAAUGAAAUGCCCAAUGACAAAGAACCAAACUCAACCAUUGGCUUAACAGGGAAGCAGGUGUUCCAGACUGACCCAAAGCCUCUCCAGGAUUCUCAACCAGAGAUAAGCGGAGAAGUGAAGAGCGAGAUACAGAGCGGGAAACUGCAGGCUGAGGCCACGGGUUCCCACGGACAGAAAAGAAGAGGCAGAAAGAGAAAACAGAAAAGAGGACGUGGUGUCAAAAAUGAGAAGAGCGAAGCAAAGGGUGUGAAAAGAGAGCGGUCACCUGAAACUGAGGAAGAUGCCGAACCAUCAGAUAAUAAACUUUGGACCACUGUCAUUAAAAGGACCACUGUCUGUGAUUCUGGUGGUGUCUCAGAGAGUGUACCUCAGGACUCACUAACUCCUGAGCCAUCCAACACCUCUCACAAAAGAAGUCAACGAGUCAAAGCAUGCUCUUUCUGUCGCAAGACUUUCACUGAAACACUGGGCUUGACAAGACACAUGCGAUCUCACAUUGAACAGAGGUCACACCAAUGCACCCUGUGUGGGCAAGACUUUGAAUUCUGUGAGGACUUAGAGGAACACCAGAAGAGUAGCUGUGAGGAGAAGAAGAGUGGUGAUGACUACUGUGGGGGAACUGUCCAGAAAAGAAAAUAUCUGAAAAAAAACCCUGAUCUGAAAAGAGACAAAAAGCCUGAUCUGAAAGGAGACAAGAAAACUCAUCUGAAUAGAGCCAAAAAGAAAUAUCGGAAAAGAGACAAAAAAUCUGAUCUGAAAGGACACACAAAAGAGGGCACCAUAAUGUGCCAUGUGUGCGGGAAAGUAACUACUCGUAUUGUAAGUUUGCAAAGGCACCUUCUACUUCACUUCAACAAUGGCGCAUACAAGUGCCCUGUAUGUCCAAAGACUUUUAUAUUAAAUUGUGAUUUGAGAUCGCACCUGAGAUUGAAAAGAUGUUCUGAUAAAGUCAUUACAACCAGGCUCCACCUCAAAUCCAACCCUGGGGAUUACAAGUGUCCUUACUGUGGGGACACUUUCCAGCUACCACGUGAUCUGAAAGGACACACAAAAGACUGUUCCAAAAAGUGCCAUGUGUGUGGGAAAAUAAGUUCUCGAAAACUGGAAAUGCGAAGGCACAUGUUAAAACACAACAACAAUGGCCCCAUCAAGUGCCCGGUGUGUCCAAUGACUUUUGUAUACCAUACUGAUUUGAAGAAGCACCUGAAAACAAAUAAACUAUGUAGGGAGAAAUGUUCUGAUGUCAAGGUGAAGAACAAUGCUGAUUUGAAAUUGCCCCAAAGAUUGAAAAGGUCUUAUAGGAAGACAUUUUCUGAUGAUGUAAUUACAACCAAGAUCCACUUCAAAUCCAACUCUGGAGAUUACAAGUGUCCCUACUGUGGGGACACUUUCCAGCUACCACGUGAUCUGAAAGGACACACAAAAGACUGUUCCAGAAAGUGCCAUGUGUGUGGGAAAACAACUUCAACGGCACGCGGCAUGCGAAGGCACAUGUUAAGACACAACAACAAUGGCCCCUACAAGUGCCCGGUGUGUCCAAUGACUUUUAUAUACCAUCCUGAUUUGAAGAAGCACCUGAAACUGAAAAAACAUUGUAGAGCGAAAUGUUCUGAUGUGAUGAUGAAAGAAAUACUGUCUUCAGGAGGCGGUAGAUGUUGGAAAAUGUUCAAUGAAACAGCAGUCAUGACAAACAGCCAACAACCAAGCUCCAGCAACACAGCUGGGCCUUGGAAGAGAAUUGAAGAGCUCGCUCAUGACUCGCAGCAAUCCGAUAACGGCAUGAGUAGUGAUAUGAACCUUAAUAGCCUUGAAGAAGACCACAGUGACAAGAUCAGUCAAUACCAACCCAUUAAGGAUGUUGACCUGAAUAGCCUCGAUGAAGACUACUGUCAGGAGAUCAGUCAAUACCAACCCAUUAAGGAUGUUGACCUGAAUAGCCUCUAUGAAGACUACUGUCAGGAGAUCAGUCAAUACCAACCCAUUAAGGACGUUGACCUGAAUAUCCUCUAUGAAGACUACUGUCAGGAGAUCAGUCAAUACCAACCCAUUAAGGACGUUGACCAAUCCAACCCUGGUGAGUACAAUUGUCCUUACUGUUGGGACACUUUCCAGCUCCCACGUGAUCUGAAAAGCCACACAAAAGACUGUUCCAGAAAGUGCCAUGUGUGUGGGAAAAUAUCCUCAAAGGCAUGUGACAUGCGAAGGCACAUGUUAAAACAUGACAACAAUGGCCCCAUCAAGUGCCCGGUGUGUCCAAAGACGUUUAUAUUCCAUACCGAUUUGAAAACACACCUGAAAACAAAAAAACUUUGUAGGGAGAAAUGUUCUGAUGUGAUGGCAAAGGAAUUACUGUCUUCAGUAGAUGGUAGAUGUAGGAAAAAUGUGAAUGAAACAGGAGUCAUGCGAAGUUGCGAUCAACCAAGCUCCAGCAACACAGGUGGGCCUUCGAAGGGCGGGCCUGUGUUGGGUUUGAAGAGCUUUGAAGAGUUCUUUGAAGAGCUCUCUAAUGACUCCGAUAUCAGUAUGAAUAGUGACGUGAACCUGAAUAGCCUCGAUGAAGACUACAGUCAGGAGAUCAGUCAAUACCAACCCAUGAAGGAUGUUGACCUGAAUAGCCUCGAUGAAGACUACAGUCAAGAGUUCAGUCAAUACCAACCCAUUAAGGAUGUUGACCUGAAUAGCCUCUAUGAAGACUACAGUCAGGAGAUCAGUCAAUACCAACCUAUUAAGGACGUUGACCAAUCCAACCCUGCUGAGUACAAUUGUCCUUACUGUAGGAAGACUUUCCAGCUCCGACAUGAUCUGAAAGAACACAAAAAAGACUGUUCCAGGAAGUGCCAUGUGUGUGGGAAAGCAACUUCGACGGCAUGCGGCAUGCGAAGGCACAUGUUAAAACACUACAAUGGCCACAUCAAGUGCCCGGUGUGUCCAGCGACUUUUGUAUACCAUACUGAUUUGAAAAAGCACCUGAAAACAAAAAAACUAUGUAGGGAGAAAUGUUCUGGGGUGAUGGCGAUGGAAUUACUGUCUUCAGUAGAUGAUAGAUGUAAGAAAAAUGUUAAUGAAACAGAAGUCAUGGCAAGUUGCGAACAACCAAGCUCCAGCAACACAGGCGGGCCUUCAAAUGGCAUUGAAGAGUUUUCACAUGAUUUGCAGCAAUCCGAUAACAGCAUGAGUAGUGAUGUGAACCUGAAUAGCCUCCAUGAAGACAACAGUCAGGAGAUCAGUCAAUGCCAAGCCAUUAAGGACAUUGACCUAUCCAACCCUGGUGAGUACAAGUGUCUUUACUGUGGGGACAUUUUCCAGCUCCCAGAUGAUCUGAAAGGACACACAAAAGACUGUUCCAAAAAGUGCCAUGUGUGUGGGAAAAUAUUCUCAAAGGCAUGCGACAUGCGAAGGCACAUGUUAAAACACUUCAACAAUGGCCCCAUCAAGUGCCUGGUGUGUCCAAAGACAUUUAUAUUUCACACUGAUUUGAAAACACACCUGAAAACGAAAAAACUUUGUAGGGAAAAAUGUUCUGAUGUGAUGGCGAAAGAAUUACUGUCUUCGGUAGAUGGUAGAUGUAGGAAAAAUGUGAAUGAAACAGGAAUCAUGACAAGGCUCCAAGAACCAAGCUCCAGCAACAUAGGCGGGCCUUCGAAGAGCGGGCCUGUGUUGGGUUUGAAGAGCUUUGAAGAGUUCUUUGAAGAGCUCUCUAAUGACUCUGAUAUCAGCAUGAGUAGUGAUGUGAAUCUGAAUAGCCUCCAUGAAAACUACAGUCAGGAGAUCAGUCAAUACCAACCCAUGAAGGAUGUUGACUUGAGUAUCCUCCAUGAAGACUACAGUCAGGAGAUCAGUCAAUACCACCCUAUGAAGGAUACUGACCCCAAUAGCCUACAUGAAGACUUCAGUCAGGAGAUCGGUCACUACCAACCCAUGAAGGAUGUUGACCUGAAUAGCCUCCAUGAAGUCUAUAGUGAUGAUAUCAGUCAAUACCAACCUGUUAAGGACAUUGACCCACACACAGGGGGACAGAAGGUCUGUAAAUGAUUCAGGGGUAAAUGAGAUGCCCAAUGACAAAGAACCAAACUCAACCAACGGCCCAGGGCCUCUCCAGGACUCAAUCUGAGCCAAACAGAGAAGCUAAGAACGAGAUACAGGUGAUUCCGGUGUCAACAAUACAUACAACAAAACUAAAAGCCCUGCAAUUUAAGGUUAUAAGAAAAUGAUGAACAGCAACAACUUCCUUAUAUGUAUUUGUUUUUUUUGUAGCUAUUGUUAUGGAUUAGGUUAGGUAUUUAGAGAUGAUAGAGAGAUUCCCACUAGUAAUUACCAGUUGGAGGGGCAUUCAAGUGGAUCUUUUUCCCAGUUGUAUGUAGGGAUUUGCGAAUUUGCGAGAUGUUUGAACGCAGCAUAACCCGAGUGAAAAGUCAGUUGUCUCUUAGGUGGCGGAGUCUCUCGAUAGUUGUGAGGUAUCCCCGGUUUGUGAAGCUACUCAUGUUCAUAAGAGUGCUGAUGGCAAACCAGAUGGGGAGAAGGAUGAUUUAUGUGGGGACAUAGAGGAAACAUUCUUUGCCAAACUAGACAGUGGUUUCCAGGUAAUGGUUCAUCAUAGUGAGAAAGUGUAUUCUUGUGUGUAUCUCGGUUAGAACUUCUGGGCAGAGAUAUACAGUGCCGUGAAAAAGUAUUUGUCCCCUUUCUAAUGUUCUCUGCUUUUGCAUUAUUGUUAUACUGAAUUAUCAGAUCUACACCCAAAAUAUAAUAUUAGAUAAAGGGAACCUGAGUUAACAAAUAACAAAAUUACAUACUUAUUUCAUUUAUUUCAUGAACAAAGUUAUGCAACACCCAUUUCCCCUGUGUGAAAAAGUCAUUUCCCCCUUACACUCGAUAACAGUCUAUGCCACCUUUAGCUGCGAUGACUCCAACCAAACGCUUCCUGUAGUUGUUGAUCAGUCUCAUGUGGCUGUGGAGGAGUUUUUGCCCACUCUUCCAUGCAGAACUGCUGUAACUCAGCGACAUUUUGGGGUUUUCAAGCAUGAAUUGCUCGUUUCAGGUCCUGCCACAACAUUUCAAUUAGGAUUAGGUCGGGACUUUGACUAGGCUAUUCCAAAACUUUAAAUGUGUUGCUUUUUUAGUCAUUUUCAUGUAGAUUGUGUGUUUUGGAUCAUUGUCUUGCUCCAUCACCCAGCUGCGCUUCAGCUUCAGCUCAUAGACGAAUGGCCUGACAUUCUCCUGAAGAAUUCUAUGAUAUAGAGCAGAAUUCUUGGUUCCUUCUAUUAAGGGAAGUUGUCAAGGUCCUGAGGCAGCAAAGCAUCCCCAAACCAUCACACUACCACCAACAUGCUUGUCUGUUCGUGUGAGGUUCUUACUGUGGGAAUGCAGUGUUUUGGUUUAUGCCAGGCAUAAUGGGACCCAUGCCAUCCAAAAAGUUAUCAUUUUAAAUGAUCUGUCCAUAGAACAUUCUUCCAAGAGUUGAUGAUCAUCAAGGUGCUUUUUGACAAACUUGAGUGAACUUUUUGGAUGACAUGGAUCCCAUAAUGCCUGGUGAUAACCAAACACUGCAUUCCAAAGUAAGAACCUCAAACCCAACGGUCAAGCAUGGUGCAGCUAGACAAUGAUCCAAAACACACUAUCAAGUCUACAUGAAAAUGUCUAAAAAGCAACAUAUUUGAAGUUUUGAAAUGGUCUAGUCAAAGUCCAAACCUAAUCCCAAAUGAGAUGUUGUGGCAGGACUUGAAACGAGCAGUUCAUUCUUGAAAACCCACAAAUGUUGCUAAGUUAAAGCAUUUCUGCAUGCAAGAGUGGGCCAUAAUUCCUCCACAGCGAUGUGAAAGACUGAUCAACAACUACAGGAAACAUUUGGUUGCUGUCAUUGCAGCUAAAGGUGGCACAACCUGUUGAGUGUAAAGGGGCAAUUACUUUUUCACACAGGGGAAUUGGGUGUUCCAUAACUGUUAAUACAUUAUUAUAUUUAAAUAAAAAUGUUUAACUUAGGUUUCCUUUAAUAUUAGGUUUUGGUUGAAGAUCUAACAUUCAGUAUAAAAAUGAUGCAAAAAUAGAGAAAAUCAGAAAGGUGGCAAAUACUUUUUCACAGCACUGUAUUUGAGGAAGUGUGUCAUCUGCACAGGAUGAGGUUGAUUCAUGUUUCAAUUUAUGGGAGACGUUCUUUGUUAUGUUGAGUGACACUGAGCAACUAGGUUCUCUUGGUGGUCUGAGAAAGCAUUUGGUUCCCCGAGUGAUCUGUUGGAUUCAGAGUUUGUCAGUGAUGAUUUUGUUCCUUUAGUUGACAUAUUCUGUGAGGUUAGUGAGGAUCCGCUGGAAGACCCGGUCUGGGUAUUGCGGGAUGACACGGCUGUGUCUUGUUACAAGAAUAGGGUGCUUGAAGAAUUGGGUUUGGAAAAGCCAGAUCCACUACAGAGUGAGUUUUGUGAAGUUAAGUGUGAGGAGAUGAAGAUGUUGGUCAAUGUUCACUUGUCCCUGUUGGUGGUUGCUCCAGGUCUCUAAUCACUGGACACCUCUCAGAUGGAGCUUGGUGCGUGUGACCAUGGGCGCUGUGAAUGGAGUUGGUCUCUCAGGGGGCGGAGUCUCUCAAGGAGAGUUUUGAGGUAUCCCCAGUUUGUUAAGAUGCUCAUGUUCAGAAGAUGGCAAACCAGAUGGGGAGAAGGAUGAUUUGUGUGAGGACUCUGUGUCUCUGUUCCUCUCCCUCAAGUUUGAGUUUUGCAGGUUCAGGCAAAAAUUAAACAGUUUAUCGCAGACAACGUUUUCUGCACUAAACUAUGUUUAAUUUUUGCCUUUUGAAAACGACAACUUCCUAUGUCCCACAGUUUGUGCUUCUCAGAUUUCUUUCUAAAAAUCUGUGCUUUGAGCUCACACAAAAACUAACUAAAUUGAAUUAAAAUAAUUGAAAGCUAAAUUAAACCGAAAUGUAGGCUAAUCGCUCAGCACUAGUGUACAUAUUGGUCUCUUUAGUUAAGGAAGUUUUAUGGGGGGGGGGGGUGUAUUACAAGUUUAGAAAAAUUCAGGAAAAUAGAUUGUGGUGACUGUGAGGUUUUUUCUUGUUGGGGGAGAAGUUAUAGAAUAGGUUUGGUAGUUAAGUAUGUAGGCUUAGGACCCCUAGACAUAACGAGUCAGUAGGCGAGUAAAUCGGUUUCAUAACAAUGUGUAGGAAUAGGAACUCAAAAGUGUAGAAAUAUGGCGGUAGUUCUCCUGAACCUGGGCCCCUAUUCUCAGUGUUUUUGCCUUUCAGAUAAUAAUAAAUAAGAGAAGGAGUAGCUGAUCCUAGAUCAGCAUUCAUACUCUGAAAAUCUUUAGAACCUUUAUAAUCUAGGACCCAGACUGAAAGGCAAAUGGAGCACCAACAUGUGGCACUGAAGUCAACUGUACUGACAGACAGAGCUUGUGACACAGUGGUAAACGGUUCACUUAAGAUCUUGGUGAGAAUGACUUCACCACAUGGUGACUACUAGUUCUAGCCUGUAAGUUUCUCAUCCACUACACUCAACCCCUAGUAGUCUGUGAUCCGGGUUAUGGCACCAUUGUAACAGUGAGUUCUGUCCCCACCUGGGACACAAACUCAGGGGGUUGCCUCUGGACCGGGCUAAGAGACAUUCCUUUUUAUUAUUCUUUACAAAAAUGUGACAAACUAUAUAUCUUCUUUCCCCUUUCUCUCCCUCUCUUUAUCCACUUUUUUAACACUUCUAUAACACUUAACUAUCAUGUAAUGUCACUGUAUACUGUAAGUCACUUUGGAUAAAAGCUAUGGGUUGCCUAUCGGCCGAGCUGAAGUGACUUUUUGGUGUGCAUGUUUUUCUUUUUACUUAAUGUCAAAAUGUGGUAACUGUAUAUUCUUUCUCCCUCUUUCUAUAUAUCAUUAAUUACCCACUUUUAUAACAUUUUUAUAAUGCUUAAAUGUCAUGUCACUGUAUACUGUAAGUCACUUUGGAUAAAAGCAUCUACGACGCUUUGUAUUUACAUGUUUAUCCAUCCGUUUUUUAAAGUUGACAUUGGUGUGAUACAUUUCAAUAUAUUAAAGAAGACAAAUUAAAAGGCA